ACAAGCUCAGUUCAUCCAGAACAAGAACAAGAUAACCAUGAAGACUCUUGCAGCUUUUCUUCUUCUGGCCUGCCUGAUCGCUGGAAAGGUGAAUGGUCAAGACAACACUUCGAGAGGCAGGUGCUUCUGUGCUGACAAAGGCAUUAACAUGGUUUUAAUGAAGAAUAUUGAGAAGGUGGAAAUCUUCCCUCCAAGUCCAUCUUGCAACAAAAAUGAGAUUGUUGUGACUCUGAAAAACAGGGCAGGACAGAAAUGCUUGAAUCCAGAGUCAAAAUUCACCCAAAAUGUCGUCUUAAAGGCUAUUGGAAAAAGGAUGCAGCAGUCUGUGCCACACAGUACAACAACUGGCACAGUGGAGAGCUCCAUGACUUCAGCAACAUCAGCACCGACUGCCUUUAAAUGAUUCCUGACAUGUCUGCUGUGUUUAUACAAUGCCAAAGCCAAUUGUCUUUUACUUAAGUAAGCUUCAAAAUAUUUAAAAUGUUUGCUAAUGCAUUAGCUAAUUUUUUUCCUGACCACUGAACUUUGAAAAUUCUUUAAAUAGAAACAUGUGCUCUUGAAACAAAUAACUGAACAAUGUGUCAUAUGUACAGUUUUUUUAAUAGUUUGCCAAAUGAUAGUAUUUUUGUAAAAAA